AUGCUGGAGGGAGAGCGUUGGGUAGACGAACUGACGGCUUCCCUAAUAGGAUCAGACCUGUGUUAUUACUUGCUAUUGAUUCCUAGCCUCGUUCCUGUUCUCAUCUUUUUUCAUUUCCUCAUUUUACUAGGUAUAAAACAAGAUUCGAGAAAAUCAAUUCUUAAUUCUUCAAGGUAACGAGUUCUUUGUUAACAACUGAAAUGGCGGAUGUGGCAGCGAUUCCAAGAUAUUUAGACGGAACUUUUCCAACGCUUCCUGAAGAAGUCAAGGAUUACGUGUCCGGUAGAAACCUAUUUCCAACCUUAGGAGAGAAAAAAAAACCAUUACAGCUGUGUUGAAAGAAAACGCGGAUGAGUUGACGUCAUUGGAAGAAGUUAUGGACGCAGUUGGAGAUCACCUACAAGUUUUUAAUUUGGACCUCCAGCUUUUCAUUUCAUUUCCAGGCUUCGGUUGAUGAUUUGAGUGAUGAAGGAGUUCAUAAUGCAUGCAAUUAUUUGCUCCGUCUUUUGCAUGGAGAGUGAGUUUUUUUUUUCCAGUUCACCAACUAUCAGAUUAGCAAGUAUCUUUUAAGAAAAGAUAGGAUCGGAGAGAAAAAAUGGUAAAAUAAUUUUAAUUGGCAUUGGAUGUGUUGAGCUUGCUUUUUUCAGACAGUGCUUUCAAUAUUGAAAAUGUCGGUAUUCUUCAGCAUUGUUUUCUUUCCCUCGAAGACGAUAAUUAAAAUUUUGAAACUCUUUUUUGUCGGCUUUCAUUGCAUUAACUUGAGCACUGCUUACCAACUUUUUAUUUGAAAGAUUCCCAUUUUUCCUCACAAGAAGAAAAUUAAAAAAAAAAACGGUUUUGCAGCAACCUGCCAAAAGCAGUCAGAAAACAAGAAGCGACGACGAAAAGACUUGAGCAAACAGUGGAUAUGGCAGCUGAGAACCAAGAUUUUGCCGCCCUCGAAAGCAUUUGGAAGGUUCAAACGCGAGACACUCCUAUAGUAAGGCCGUCUUAUAUGAAAGUUGCAAUGGCAAUUCCAAGAUCGUCGACAAGAAGAAGCUGGAGAAGGCGGACGCUAGAGCAGCCUUGAAAGCUGACGCCCGAGCUGCCGAGGCUCCCACUGAGCGGCGCAAACGCAAGAACGAACCAUCGGCUACUGCUUCUCAGGUAUCGGGCUCUCCCAUUCGAGUAAAAAAUUGCGACAAAAAUAAAUUACAUUAUAAAGUUAAUUUUCGAAUAUUCCGAAAUUCUCUCCGGAAAAGAACGCGGUUGGUUUCAUUUUCGCUUCUUCAAAAUACGCCAAUAGGUUCAUUCUGUUCUUUUCUUUUGAUAUUAUCUUUUUAAUUGGUUCGAUCAGAUUCUAUCAUUCUGAUUGCCUAGCAAUCAUCGUUUACUCAACAAAAAUAGGUAUUCAAUCCAGUAACUUAUAUAUUUUUUCACAGAUACGCGAUUUUUUUUAGGCCGAUGAGCAUGCAUGUGUUCUCGGAAUGGAAAAAGCUCAAAAAGUUAAUUUCGCAAAAAUAAUUUUUUUUUUCGAUCACCUAAAAUUGUCGUUUUUUUGUUUUUGUUUUGAAUGGCAAAGUUCAGGCCCCGAUGAAAGAAGCUGCACGUGGAACGAACUCGAAAGACGUGAAGCUGGAGAGCGUCGACAUAUCGAUUGGCACCAAGUAGGAAAAAUGAAAAUAGUUUUAUUUUUUUAAUUUUUGUGUUUAUAGACAACUUCUUUCGUGUGCGGAUCUAACAAUGGCUUUCGGUCGGCGUUACGGUCUUGUUGGCCGAAACGGUAUCGGAAAAACAACACUAUUGAAAAUGAUUUCUGGGUAAUAUUUUUCAUUCAUCAAUUUCUGUCGAUGAAUGGUAUUUUUACAGAGGACAGUUGAAAAUCCCACAGAACAUUUCCCUUCUAUCUGUCGAGCAGGAAGUGGAGGGCGACGAAACGCGAGUCCUCGACGCAGUUUUGCUCAGCGACACGCGACGUCAAAAGCUUAUCGAUCGCGAGAAAACGCUCCAGUCGCGCCUGAACAAGUUCAUUGAAUCUUGCUAAGAACCCAUCAAUAUUGUUUUCAAGGGAAAAUAUCACGGACGCCGAAAAGAACAAAUGGAGCGAUGAACUAAAUAAACUCUACGCGGAGAUGGAGGCGCUGCAGCUCGACAAGGCUCCCGCUCUAGCCUCUUCCAUUCUUUACGGUCUCGGUUUCACACCUGAUGAACAGAAGAGACCAACCAAGGUUUUUUUCGUUCAGCCCCUGGAUGUUCAACUCUUCGGUGCAACUUUUCGUUCGUAAAAGGACAGUUUUUCAGGAAUUCUCUGGUGGUUGGAGGAUGCGUGUGGCCUUGGCUCGAGCUCUAUUCGUCAAGCCAGAUUUGUUGUUGCUCGACGAACCGACAAACAUGUUGGACAUGAGGGCCGUUUAUUGGUUGGAGGGCCAUCUUCAGGCAUCGCCUUUCGCGUUUUUCCUGUUGACAGCUGCUUCGUUUCAGGGCUGGGAAGGAACCAUCCUCACAGUUUCCCACGAUCGAAAGUUUCUCAACGAGAUCUGCACGGACAUCGUCCAUCUGCACACGCGACGACUCGACCAUUACAAAGGAAAUUAUGACCAGUUUGAGAAGGUGACCACAUUUGCGGAUGGUAGAAAAGUUUGCUCUUCAGACGAUGAAGGAGAAACUGACGCAACAGCAGCGGGAGUAUGAGGCGCAGCAACAGCUCCGUUCUCACACUCAGGAGUUUAUCGACAAGUUCAGGUGGGUUGAGAAGAGGUCGGCUUGAAAUGAAAGCCUGGAACUCUAGGUACAAUGCGAAAAGAGCCGCGAUGGUGCAGUCUCGUAUUAAGAUGCUGGAAAGGCUGUGAGCUGAUUUUUCUGUCUUUCUAUGCUCAUCGUUCGCUCAGACCGACGCUUCUGCCGGUGGAGCUGGAGUCAGACAUCCAUUUCAAGUUCCCCGAGUGCGAGCCGCUCAACAACCCUGUGCUGCAGCUCGACGAGGUCUCCUUCAAGUACAAUGGCGAAAAUUCGCCUUUCUUGUUCCGCAAACUCAACCUCGGAACCCACACGGCGUCUCGCAUUUGCAUUGUAAGCUUCGAAUUCUCAUUUGAUUCGAGAGAAAAAAAGAACUAUACAAUUUUUUUUCAUGCGAAACGGAAAGCUGUACAUUAAGCAUUCAAAUGCUUUUCCGGCUCCAAAAUUUCGAACUUUUUAGAAGAGUCGAAACUAAAAAAUAUAAAUUCAUGCAAGUUAAAAAUUUAAAAAAAUUAUAAGCUACGAAUUUCGAAAUGUUUGUUUCACCGUGAUUACCUCUCCGUUUGAUCUAUUUUGUCUUGAUACUGUUUUUUUUUUGUCUGAAGAACCUAUCUCGUAGGUUGGAGAAAACGGUGCUGGUAAGACGACGCUUCUGAAGUUGCUUCUCGGAGACCUGGAGCCUUCUGUCGGUACGAGAAACGUAAACAGGCUAGUUUGAACUCUUAUUUUCUUCAGAAAGUUAGGAUCCUUUGCAAUUUUUUUUGACGAACUUAUUCCUUUUUCUGCUGUCAAUCUAACAAUUUCGGUUGAAGGCGAAUCCGCAUUGCCUACUUCACACAGCACCACGUUGAUCAACUCGACAUGGACACUUCGGCCAUCGAAGUUCUGAUGAAGAACCACCCAGGUAGCAGCUGAACUCUUUCGUUGCCUGAGUGAGACUUUUAGGAAAGACCCAAGAAGAUUAUCGUGCGGCUCUUGGCCGCUUUGGUCUGGCCGGCGACAUGGCUCUCCAGGCCGUGGAGACCCUUUCCGGAGGUCAAAAGUCUCGUCUCGCCUUUGCCAAUCUUGCUCUGAUGAAGUUUGUUGUUUCUUUCAGAUUCCCAUUUUCACCAAAAGUAGUAAAGAAGCAAAAUAUUUCAGCCUGGGGGCAUUCGGCUUUAAAUUUAUUUUCAUUUCCAUAUUUUUUUAAACUAAAAAUUUCACUCACAUUGAGUUCAUUUUUUCGUUUCGUUCUGGUUACUCUUCAUUUUUCUUUCCUGGAAAAAAUAGUAAGAAUUACUUAUUGAAAAAAAGUAAAGGUAACGGAGUGGUACCGAAAAAAAAUUCGUUAUCUCAAAAGUUGGUUUGGUAUCUUACAAACCAUCAAAUACAUUGGAGAUAUUAUUUUAUCAGAUAGCCAACCGCUGAGUUCACUUCCAUUGGAAAUAUAAUAAGCUGUCAUAUACGGCGUAAGAAUUUUUUUUGAAUUUAAGGUUCAUACCUUUUUCCAGUAACAUUUGAGAUACCUAAUCAAAGUUGACCGAACGUUUUUUUCAGUCCGAAUUAUUUGAUCCUUGACGAGCCCACUAACCAUUUGGACGUUGAAACAGUAGAAGCUCUUGGAAAAGCUCUCAACACCUUUAAUGUAGGUUUCCUUUUUUUUUGCCGUCGAUGUUUCUUUCAGGGAGGCGUCGUGCUUGUUUCUCACGAUGAACAGCUGAUCGAACUCGUUUGCAAGGAAUUGUGGGUUGUGAAGGUGGGAGUCAUUUCCACUUUGAUUGGUUUAUUUAUUUUUUUUCUUAGGACCGAAUGGUCACCAAUUUGGAGGGCGGACUCGAGGAGUACCGGAAGCAAGUUUACAAGCAGCUCCAGCUCUCUAAUUGA